AAUAUGAAUGCCAAAGCGAACGUCGUAGUGGAUCAAGUCGUAUUGUGGACAAAGACCGAAAUUAUUGAGUGUAGUGCACCGUCGAUCUCUAGACGAUUGCAAAUUGCAAUAAUGUCAUGGAAUGACGAUAUCGCUUAUGCUAUGACUCCCUUCAAACUCUUAACUCUACCAUUAGGCGUUUGGCCCUUGCAAAAAUAUAAUACAUUUUCUUUAGUCCGUUCUAUCGUGUGUGGCGUCAGUAUGACCGCGAUGAUGAUUAUGUUGUUCCUCGAAAUCAAUUUCGGUAGCAGCGAUGCUUAUGUAAAACUCGAUGAUCUUAUGCUUAUGUCUUGCAACAUUCUUUGUGUACUAAAACUAUUAUCGUACCGCUUAUACGCCGACAAUCUGAUUCGCAAUUAUUCUUCUGCUGUGAAAGAUUAUCUCGCGAUCGACGACGAAUGGAAGCGUAUCAUCAUGAGGCGACACGCAUACAUGGGAAGGAUAAUUUGCUACAUUUGCAUACUUUCAACUUAUGGGUGUUCAUUAAUUUGGACGGUAAUGCCUAUGCUAGCAGCCGAUGGUGAGGAUAUCCAAAUUAAUGUAACCAUCGAGAAUCAAGCUUCAGAAUUACCCGUGCCUGUAACAUUUUUAGGGGACGUACAUAUCCCUGCGGGUGUAUACUUUGUGAUUUCCUCGAUGGAAUCAUUCAUAUUGCUUCUCACUGGCACUAGUAAUUGUGGCAAUGAUGCACUUUUCUUUGCUAUCGUUCUUCAUGUUUGUGGUCAAAUGGAACUUCUAAAAAUCGAGUUUACUAAAUACGGCAAGACAAAUAAAAACGAAAAUGAGAAUUUUUCAGUAUUGGGAUCAAGACAUCGUUAUUUAAUGGAACAUGCAAAACUUCUAACAGAUGUAAUAAGUUUCGUUUUGCUUGUACAAGUGCUGUUUAGUUGUCUUAUUAUUAGUUUAAUCGGUUUUCAAUUUAUUUUGGCAUUGAAAGUAAAUGACGCAGUUAUGAUUAUUAAAUCCGUAUCAGUGUUGGCCUCUUUCCUGUUUCAAUUGUUUUUUUAUAGUUUUGUGGGCGAUUAUCUGAAGUGUCAAAUGGAAGAUAUCGCAGAUUCGAUUUACAGUAGUAAUUGGUAUUGCUUGUCAACGAAAUUGAUGAGGAAUGUCUUGUUCGUUACCAUGAGAUCGCAGCAACCAGUUCAGCUAUUAGCUGGCAAAUUUUUUAUUAUAAACAUUAGAACUUACAUGACCAUAUUAAAAAGUUCGCUGUCAUAUUUAUCCGUCUUAAGAGUAAUGAUGGAUACGUAAGGCGUAGGAAUUAACAAAAUUUUUUGGUUACUUUCUUAGCGCUAAUGCGCCAAGAUUAGCACUAUACUGUAUCGACGAAGAUUAUUUAAAGACAAAGAAGUCACGGACUAUUUAUUAAAACAAUUUUUUUGAAAAAGUGAAACAGUACAGUAUUUAUUAUAACAUAGAUCUAGCUUCCAAUUAAGCUGUAAGCUAAAAAUUUUAUUUAUGGUAAACCUGAGAAUAAAAAACUUACAAACAUA